AUGUUGAAAAGAAAUAAAGCAAAUGUUGUAAAUAAUACUGAAGUAGCUGAAGUUAAACAAACUCCAACACCUUCACAAGCAAAACCUUCAAUGACUCCUGAACCUAUGGAAGUACAAACUCCUGUUCAAAAGUCAACUCCUAAACCGACUCCAACAUUUAAA